AUGUUGAACGAAUAUCCCGGCGACCUUUGCCAGAGUUACCGACACGCUCAUCUGGGCAGGACCCGACCCGGCCCCGUCCUGUACGGUCGCAUCCUCGGAGGAGACUGGUCAGCCCCAGGUCACCCCUCCUUUCCCGCAACUGGACAGACCCGAGGUGAUCAAGGGACUCUGGGUGGUUCCGCAGUGUUCCGCAGCCCUUCCCAUGAUCCCCACAGGCCUCAUCCAGACUGUAGGCAUGCUAAUAACACCAACUCACGUCUUCUCAGAUUUGCCCGAGAUAUGCCCACUGGUAUCGCGGAGCCCAAGGCUCUAACUCUCCAUGUCCAUGGCCUCGACCACGGCGUUCAUGCACAUCCCCCGGUUCCAGACUUUUGA